AUGUGCCUUAUACUAGAUAUAUCUCGCAGGCUACCAACGGCUGAUACUUAUGAUGAGGUAGUUUGUGCUGAGGUUCCUAACAAAAUAACUGAGCCUAAGCUGUUUCAAAUUAUUAGCAAUUUUAAUACACAUUGGACAUGUGGUAUAACAUUUCCUAAUAGUCCCUGCAUGAUUGAUAGAAAAUGCUCAAAAAAAUAUCCUAAAUCAUUUGUGGAUACCUCUUCUAUUGAUAAGUAUGAAAUUUGUUCAUCUGUCCAGUCCAUAAAAUACCUUUAUAAGUAUUGUUACAAAGGCCAUGACAGGACUACUGCUUCCGUUUCCAUUAAUAAUGUUGAUGAAACUACCCAGUUCAUUAAUGCUCGAUAUAUAUCCGCCAUAGAAUCGCUAUGGCGUACUUUGGAUUUUGAAAUGCAGGAUCAUUCUCCUGCAGUCUAUCGUUUAGACCUUCAUCUACCCAAUCAACAUAUAAUCCUUUUUCAAUCAAAUACUGAUAUAAAUAAUAUCUUAACUAAAAAUCCUGGUACAAAAUUAACCGAAUGGUUUAAAAUUAAUCAACUUGACACAGAUGCCAGACAUUAUAUUUAUGCAGAUUUUGUAAGAUAUUAUGUGUGGAAACCUCUAUCUAAACAGUGGUUAAAACGAAGGGGUGGUGAUAAGAUUAUUGGCCGUAUACGCACAGUUUCUCCUAAAGAGGGCGAGGUUUUUUAUUUAAGACUAUUACUUAAUUAUGUAGCUGGGCCAACAUGCUUUGAAGAUCUACGCUCUUUUAAUGGAAUUGUCAGUAAUACUUUUAAAGAUGCAUGUAUUCGACGUGGUCUGUUAUCAGAUGAUGCGGGAUGGAACCAUUGUUUAGAGGAAGGUCUUUCAUUUAAGAUGCCAUAUCAAUUGCGCCAGUUAUUUUCUGUUAUUUUAUUACAUUGUGAGCCGAUAGAUCCUCUAGGUCUAUGGAAUUCUUUUAAAUUUUAUCUUUGUGAAGAUUUUGCCAAGAAUCAUCAGAGCCGGAUAACCUUAUCAACGAAAAUCAAUCAAAUUUUGAUUCAAAAUGAUAAAUCUCUUAAGGAUUUUUUGGGAAUGCCUAUCCCUUUAUUAUCCACUCAAUCUCCAUCUGCUACAGCUAAUAUUAGGUGUCACCUUAUUCGGGAGAAAAUUUCCUACGAUACUGAUGAUAUGUAUAAAAUAUAUUUGGCUAACUACAAUUUAUUUAAUCGGGAUCAAAAUAUUAUCUAUGCCAAAAUUAUGUCCUUGCCCUCCACUUCAUCCCAUAAUUUAUUUUUUAUAGAUGGUCCUGGUGGUAAAAUUGCAAUAGCUGUUGCAUCUUCUGGCAUUGCUUCAACUCUUCUUCAUAAUGGCCGUACUGCACAUUCACGUUUCAACAUCCCCUUAAGUAUUCAUGAAAGUUCCUCAUGUAAUAUUCCUUACCAAAGCCAAAUAGCUGAAUUGAUAAGACAAUCGGUAAUUAUUAUAUGGGACGAAAUAUCAAUGACUCAUAAACAUAUAUUCGAGGCCGUGGAUAGAGUUGGUAAAGGCUAUGAAACAUUUGAUGGCUCCAGGGAUAAAAUAAAAAUUCCUGAAGAUUGUUGUACAGCUUCCAAUGAUAUCGAGGAUCUUAUUGCUUUUGUUUACGAUAUAGACAAAGUCAAUACGUCCUUUAACCGAACAUCAUUUGCUCAAAAUGCAAUCCUGACCCCUAAAAACAUAGAUGUCGAUUCUAUAAAUAUUAAAUUGAUUAACAAAAUUCCAGGGGAUUUAAUUACAUACAUAAGUGCUGAUGAAACGAUAACUGAGGAUGAAGCGACGAUACUCAAAUUCGGGGUACCUAUAAUAUUAAUGCGUAACUUAAAUUCUGCUUCUGGCUUGAAUAAUGGGACUAAAUUGAUUAUAACUUCUUUGCUACCAAAUAUAAUUGAGGCUGAAUUUGUUUCUGGUAGUUUUCUCAAUACUAAAGUUCUCAUUCCUAGAAUAAGUUUAAUUCCUACAGAUUCUGGCUUGCCAUUUUCCUUUAAGCACCGCCAAUUUCCCGUGAGACUGCUUUUGUCAUGA